AUGCCUGGCGUUCGUUUGGCUGACAUUUUCUCCAACUCGUCGGCUGUACUGGCUGGCUGCUGGCUGUACAGCGUCACUCGGCUGCCGGUGCUCGUCAAGGGCGUGAUGACGCCAGAGGACGCCGUCGCCGCCGCCGACCGCGGCGCCAGCGGCGUCAUCGUCUCCAACCACGGCGGCCGUCAGUUGGACGGUUGUCUUGCGACGGUGGACGCGCUGGGCCCGGUGGUGGCCGCCGUCGGUCACCGCUGUCCCGUCUUCAUGGACGGCGGCGUGCGGCGCGGCACCGACGCGCUCAAGGCGCUGGCACUGGGCGCGCGCAUGGUGUUCGUGGGUCGGCCGCUGCUCUGGGGCCUGGCGCACGACGGACAGCGCGGCGCACGGCUGGCGCUGCAGCUGCUGCACAGCGAGCUCCGACUGGCCAUGGGACUCUGCGGUGUUACGAAGGUGGCUGAUGUGACCGAAGAAAUUUUAGAGAAAUCAGAACACUCACAACUUUAGUGCAAGAGACCCAAGAACCACGACCAACUGAUGAUGUUUCUACAUCUGCAGCACGCAAACGUCUAUUUUAGGAAUUUGCACAUCCUUACUGUCAAACACAUUUAUGAGAUAACAAGGACUGUGGCGCUGUGAUGAAGACAUGCAUCAUAUUUUACAGAAUGAGCCACUGGGCACGAAGGUGGCAGGUACAGAACGGGAUAACGGUAUGCUAUUUGUCAGCUCAGCUGUGGCAUGCUUCGGACUGGAGCUGUGAACUAGCAGGCAGUAGGAUGUGCUCGAUACGCAGUCCUCCGUGUUUAUCAAUGGUGUGUUUUUAUAGGUACCACGGAGGUGGCGAGUGGUAACUGGAAAAGCUCUAGGGAUAUCGGAGCAAUCACAGGUGUAUCACAUGGGGCUAAAAGAGCAUUGAAAAAGG